ACACCCAAAGAUCUGACCACAAAACACCACCCCACCACCACCACCACCAACACAACACAGCCUUUUGUCUCUUCAAUGUCUUCCAUUCCUGAACUCUACACUGAUUAUAGUUUUGUCUCUGGUGGGUUAUGUGGCAUCUCACCUUACACUCCUAUCCAAAAUGUCGCCGCCGCCGACGUAAUUUUGGGGGAAGAAACCUUUCCCUUCUUUGGAAAUGAAGCUAUCAAUGAGAUGACCAAGCAGGAAACUAACUCUGUGUCGCCAUUUUUUGGUAUGUCAUACCCUGAACAACUGGGUUUUCCGGCCAUAGACGGCGGUGAAUCUGGUCUAGAAAUGGUUCCCAGAGUUGGAUACCCACAAGCUAUCUUCGAGGUCACCGGAAAAUGCAGCGGAUUUGGGUCAGAUUUUCCAGUCUAUGCUACGAGAGUUGAAGGUAAUUCAACAACAACAACAGUAGAAGAACCAAAUGUGAAAGUUGGUCGUUACACAGAUGAAGAAAGGAAGAAAAGAAUUCUCAAGUACUUGAAGAAAAGAAAUAGAAGGAACUUCAAUAAAACCAUUAAGUAUGCCUGUCGAAAAGCUCUCGCUGAUCGGCGGGUUCGAAUUCGAGGGAGGUUUGCAAGGAACAAUGAAUUGAAUGAAACAUGCCAAGAAGCCCCAGCCAUGGAAAGAAACGGCAACUUUCUUUGUGAAGGAUACUAUGAGAAUGGUAAUCAGAUCAAAUUCAAUGGGGAGGAAUGGUUGCAAGAAGCUGUUGCCAGUCUCAUGUACUUACCUGUUUUCACCGAUGAUCUGGGGGAGCUAAUGGCUGAUGGAAAACUGGAGUUAAAAUGUUCUUGAUAUAGAUAAUUCUUAUCUUAAGUAGAAUCCUAACCAAGCUAAAACUCAUUUCAUACUGGACGCCAGAGUGAUCAUGAGGGAAAUGUACUAUUACUUAGUUACUACAUGAGCAGAGAUAUUAACCAUAAACAGUUUAUAUAAGAAGUGGAUUAUAUUUUGUUUGCAAUGUCGCAUGCACUAAAGGUGCUUUUGAACAAUAAAGGGAGGACCCAAGAUUUUCCUUUGGUGGGACAACCAAUCCAAGGUAUAAUUCACUCAAUAGUAAAGGAGUCCGAGUCCCUACUUGCUUGUUCUCAAUAUUCUCAUUAUUUUGGGAUAAAAAGAAAGAUGCUAA